UGUAAACAUCUCUGGCCGCUGGGUCGGGCUCUCAUUCGGCUCUGAAACCGCUAACGGCGCACAGGAACUCUCCGGUAAUGCGAGGCCGCCGCCGCCGCUUUCUCAACUCCAGCGCUGCGCCGUCGGAUGCAGCCGAACUUCGUCCGUCCGCCGCGCCGGUCCGUCCGCUCCUCUCCACCGAUGAGACUGGCUUUUUCCUCUCCUCUCCCUCUCCGCCCUCCACUCCCGCUUUUUAAAAGUUUGAUUUCACCCGACUGUAGAGAUGAAUCACACUACGCUGAACCAAACAGAGAGCGGGCUCUUCAGCAACAAGACGGGCGAGUUUCUCUGCUGUAACUUUUCCUCCGUGGUGACGGACAACGGCUUUGUGGCCGCCGCUCCGGAUGAGAGGAGCCUCUUCAUCAUGAGGGUGGUCCAGAUCGCCGUCAUGUGCGUCCUGUCCCUCACAGUGGUGUUUGGCAUCUUUUUCUUGGGCUGCAACCUCCUCAUCAAGUCAGAAGGGAUGAUCAACUUUUUGGUAACGGACAGGAGACCGUCCAAAGAGGUGGACGCAGUAGUUGUGGGAGCCUACUGAAGAAAAAAAAGUACGACGGACAUUUACACUUUGUUUCUGGGAUGGAGAAGAUGGAGAUGCGCGCAAAAAUCCGGAGCUGCACGAGCCCAUCCUAACUCCAGGAUGAAGCUCCUGAGCCUCACAGGGGUUUGCUUCACUUUUUCUGGCUUUUUUAUGCCAACAAUGAUGAAACAUUUAGCAUAUAAAUGAAUUACUUAACCAAAUUCUGUACAUAAACCAAGAAAAUCAAUUGUAGCACUUUAGACAAACAGCAUGAUUUGUCAAAGACUUUCAUUUAGCUGUUUUCAAUGGUUUUCCUGAUGAUAAAUGUGUAACAUUUUUAAUGUUAAUAAAUUGUUUUCGUCUUAAGUUUA